AUGCCGAAUAUCUUCACCCAGAACCUGGGCGAGACGCCUAGCCAGGCGUUAAACUGGCGGCUGGGAUACGCCAUCCUAUGUUUUGGUCUGAUGGGUGCCAGUCGAGGUAUCGACGAGGGCCUCAUCUCUGGAACUGUCCAGCAGAAAUCUUUCAUUUCGAAAUACCACCUUAAUGACUCUCACCUGAGCGAGUCAGAUAAGGCUAACCUUCUGGGCAACAUCACGGCAAUGGUUCAGAUUGGGAGCAUAGGCGGUGCAUUGCUUGCUUUCCUUAUCACUGACAAGAUUGGCCGUGUCUGGGCAACCCGACAGCUCUGUGUCAUCUGGAUUACCGGCAUCAUUGUAUUCAUCACGGCCAACGGCCACAUCGGCCAGGUGUAUGCCGGGCGCUUCAUCGCCGGCCUUGGAAUCGGGCAGACGGCGGUGGUAGCCCCUACAUAUCUGGCCGAGAUUGCUCCUCGCUCUAUCCGUGGUCUUUGCAUCUGUACAUUUUCUGGUUCGGUGUACCUUGGUAUCAUGUUGAGCUACUUCGCAAGCUGGGGCUCCGCCCUUCAUAUCAGCAACAAGUCUCAGAACCAAUGGAUUGUUCCAACCACCCUCCAUCUCAUGUUUGCGGGUAUUAUUCUCCUCUUAUCCGUUGGAGUCCACGAAUCUCCAAGAUACCUGGCUAGCAAGGGCAAGAAGGAAUUGGCAAGUUCUACUAUGGCAAAAAUCCGCAAUCUGCCAGAGGAUCACCCGUACGUACAUACUGAGAUGAUGGAUAUUUUCGAACAAGUCGAGCGCGAGAAGGAGGCUACCCUGGGCCUCGGCUGGAUUGGGCCACUAAAGGAGCUCUUUCUCUCUCCAGCGAAUCGUUACCGCAUCAUGCUUGGACUCAUGUCCCAGCUGUUGGCUCAAUGGUCUGGCGCCAAUAGCAUAACCAUAUAUGCACCCACUUUCUUCGCUAUGCUCGGCACAACCGGCCAGUCUGAGAAACUAUUCGCAACGGCGAUCUUCGGUGUGGUGAAGCUCAUUGCCUCGCUUGUCUGUGCCCUCUUCCUCGUCGAUAUGCUUGGAAGAAAGCGGGCCCUCACCUAUGGCAUCAUCCUUCAAUUCUUGAGUAUGCUCUAUGUGGCCAUUUAUCUAACAGUGGUUCCGCAAAUUACGGAACAUUUCAAGCCAGUGGGUGACGCCAAAAGAGCUGGAACCGGCGCCAUCGUGGCCAUCUACGUCUCCGGAGUGGGAUGGGCUCUUGGAUGGAAUAGCAUCCAGUAUCUCAUCAACGCUGAGAUUUUCCCCCUCCGCGUCAGAGCUCUCGGAUCUUCCAUGGUUAUGUGCUUCCAUUUCGCGAAUCAAUAUGGUAACUCGAAAGCUGUUCCCUCCAUGUUGCUUGAAACAGCCAUGAAGCCUCAAGGAACGUUCUAUUUCUUCGCCGCUGUCACUUUGCUAGGCUUGGUAUGGAUGUGGUUCUUCCUUCCGGAGACCGCUGGUAAGUCACUUGAAGCUAUGGACGAGAUGUUUAACCUUCCGUGGCACGUUAUUGGACGCAAAGGUGCUGCGUUGACGGCUGGUGCUGGACACGCCGAGAACUAUUUGCGGGAUGACGUUGAGAAGGAGGUCAAUCAAGAGAUCACUCAUGACGAACGAGUGACGAGUAGUAACAAGUAG